UGUACACAAGAGGCUCAGAGUGACUUUAUAUUCAACCAGAGGAAUACUUCAUCAUUUUGUGAAUUUUGAGCUGAUUUUUGAGACUUUGGUGUCAGACAUCAUUCAGAGAUCACUUUUCUUCAGGAUGAGGCAGACUGGGUUACCUUUCACUGGGGCAGCAUUUUGCAUCAUGCUGUUUGUUGCAUCAAGUGCUCAGCCCAUCACCAUUUUAGAUAUUCUUCAAGCAAUGCAGGCGGCCCCGCAGAACUACUCCAUGCCCACGUAUUCAUUUUUCCUCAGCAUGGAGAUCACCAACCGUGUCUUCAAUGACUCGCUCCUCAACCCGGCCACUAAAGAUUACAAGCAGAUGUAUGCAGAGGUGGCUGGAGCUCUGAACAUCAUAUAUAAUUGCUCUACCUGUGGCACAAAUGACAGCUACAGAGGAGUGACAGACAUGCAGUUCAGAGAGGGGUCUGUGAUCGCGAAUUGCAGCAUUUCAUUUAAGACCAUUUUUAUCAACCAUUUUGUGGUCAAAAAUUUGUUCGUUUUGGCCAUUGAAAAAAAUCCUCAACCAAACGGGCUUAAAAUUAACAAACAGUUCACCGGUGAAACAUUCACACCGAUCUGGUAUUUUCCGAAGAAUGAUGCUCAGACAACUCCUAUGUCUAGAACAACUCACUCUGCAAUCAAGGACUUGGGUGGGGCCACAGCAAGAACGAUACCUUCGGGACAAAAUCCCGCCGCUGACACAGUGACACAUAAUUUUUAUUAUUAUGGGAUUCCUGGUUGGGCCAUUGCUUUACUAGUGCUGGCAUGCGUCAUCCUACUGCUCCUCAUCAUCCUUCUCAUACUACUGAUAUGUUGUUGGUGUUGUGGGAGGAAACACAAAAAGCAAGAAACUACAAAGCUGACAGAACAUGCACCUUAUGAGAGAACGUCUUUCAAAGAACAUCUCGCCAAUCCUGCAUACAAUCCGCACUCACCUCAGAUGGAUCCAAACCUCCCAGUCGCUCAGGGAGAACCGCAAGGACUGAUUGGAAACCAUCCAGGGAUGUAUGUGCUAAACUCAGGCAGAUGAUAACCAGGAUGCCACUGUAAGUGAUAGCCAUGAAGAAACCGAUGCAAAUGAAGGUUCAGAAUGGUAAAGAAGAUGCUUCACUCUUCAAGGUUCUGCAAUGUGGACCUGUAAGGUGUCAUCAUUACCAUGUAUAAUAGAAGUAUUAUACUCAGCUUUUAGAAUGAAUGGACUGCUUUUGAAAUAUUUAUUUCUGUAUUAUUUAUGAAGCACAGGUAUAGGGAUAUGGGUCUGCAAUCUUUUGAAUCUCAAUAUUUUGGGGAUACUGGGGCUAGCUGUCACACUUUUUAUUCCAGUGACUAUUUCACAGACAAGGUUUAUUUUUGACAGUCAAUUUCUGUGUAGGCACAUUCCUUGAAGUCUUGACUAUAAAAAUAUUCCGAAAAUUCCCUCCAUUAUUGCCACGGAAAAAGGAUAGAGUUAAAUUUAGACCAUUAUUUUGGCAAAAUGUAGAAAUGUAUAAGAUGUAACAAUGGCAAGCUGCUGUUUAUUUACACUAAUUUGAGAAGAAUACUUUGAACAGUUUUGUUUUGUUUGUUUUGUUUCGUUUUGCUGUUUAUUUGCACUCGUUUGAGAAGAAUAUUUUGAACAGUUUUGUUUUGUUUGUUUUGUUUCGUUUUGCUGUUUAUUUGCACUCAUUUGAGAAGAAUAUUUUGAACAGUUUUGUUUUGUUUGUUUUGUUUCGUUUUGCUGAUAAUUUACACUUGUUUGAGAACAAUACUUUGAACAGUUUUGUUUUGUUUCAUUUUGCUGUUUAUUUGCACUCGUUUGAGAAGAAUACGUUGAACAGUUUUGUUUUGUUUGUUUUGUUUCGUUUUGCUGUUUAUUUGCACUCGUUUGAGAAGAAUACUUUGAACAGUUUUGUUUUGUUUGUUUUGUUU